GAUGAUGUCAAGAAAGAACAAGGUGCAAUUUAUUCAGAUUCACUUGAAAUUUUGUCAAACUCUGAAGGCACGCAACAACCUAACGUUGAAGAAAGUAUUGCUGAAAAGGACACUAACAAAGAAACAUUAGUUGUUGAAAAUUCAUAUUUUGCUGAAGGUGAUGGACCUGAGGCAGUUUCCGUAACUUCUGAGGCAGACGAAUCUAUGUCGACUGGGAAGCAAAAUUUAAUAAUAGAAAGAAAUAUAUUGGAGUCUUCGUAUUUACCCGAUGAGAAUGAAAAAAAGAAAACAAUUGCCACGACGAGCACUGCUUCAGUAGUUCAAAAUACCGAUAUGCCUUCAGAUUCAGAAAAAGCUUCAAGAAGAAAAGAAUCGCGCCGAGGAUUUGAAAAGGAAAAGGAUAACGAAAGCGUUAUUCAAUCUUCAGAGGUGAUGAAUAAAUCGGCUGGCAAAAAGUCAGCCGAAGGAAUUCCAAAAAAUGGAAAAUCCAAUGCAGGUGGUGAGAAAAACAGGAAAGCGACAGAGAUACUUCAAGAUGGUACGAAUAUCAAGAUAUCCGGUGGAAAAUCUUAUUCAAUAAUCAAGCAAACUCCUGGUGAUAUAUCUGGAUCUCCAGAAGUCCCACCUACAAUUGGACAGUCUUCAAUGGCAGCCUCUGUUGCUGGAAUAUCACCCGCUCAAAUGCAGACAAUAUUGAAGGAAAUAAAAAAAACGGAGGACAACGUUACUAAUAAGCUUGGAAAGAUGUUUUCAAAAGAAUUAGAAAAACAAUUUCAAAAAAUUGAAGAAGAACGUAUAGCUCAUCAAGCUGCGGAAACUUCACGACAAGAAACAAUUCUUAAAAUCGUUUCUCAGACACUCAGCACAAAUACAGCUAAACUAUUGGAAUCAACGAUUCGCAAUGAAGUUCAGAAUUCAGUUUUACCGACAUUAAGCAAGAUGGUAACUAACGCUGUUGACAAGCAUGCACACAGAGGGAUGGUCGAUGCCGUGAAUAAGAAUAUUCCAGCUGCUAUCGAAAAAUCUGUAGCAGACAAUGUACAGCGUGUUCUUGCAAAAACUCCAGUCAUAGACUCAAUUGCUAAAGGGGUCUCUAAGGCUAUCAGACCUGUUAUUGAGGAAACGUUCAGGGAAAAUUUUACAACUGUACUCAUUCCGUCAUAUCAAAAAGCUACAAACGCAAUGUUUGAACAAAUAACUGCUACUUUCGAGGCUGGUCUACAAGACAUUGCUCACAAGAGUGCACAAGUUUCCUCGUAUUCUAAUAUGGGAAGUGUUGGAGAUCAGAAUGCUUUGGCACGUUUGCAGACUUCUUUGGAGCAUCUAACUUUAUCCGUACAGCAACUUCAGCAACUACACCUACAAGCUAAUCCACAAUCAAAUCUCACAAGGCAUGUUGAGCAACCAGUAACUCGUACAUCUGACGAAUUACAACAUCACUUAGCUCGGUCACUUUCGGGUGAAUUGAAACGCAUUUUGAUUCCACAUAACUGUGCUACAACUCAACCACCUUCUACAUCUGGUCUUGAAGAUUCGAAUAAUUCUGCUAUUGAUAGGGCAUUGGAAGCUCAUAAUUAUGAGGAUGCAUUUGUAGCGGUCCUUGCAUCACAUGAACUACCUUUAAUUCUGCGUCUCUGUAGUAAUGUUAGCCCAAAGACAGUAUUUCCGCCUGCGAGACCUUUACUUUCACAGCCUGUCAUUCUUUCGCUCAUUCAUCAUCUUUCCUUGGAAUUAAAUAAAUAUUCUGAACUAAAACUUGCAUGGAUAGAAGAGGCAGUUAUUAAACUUAAUCCAAAGGAUCACAUAAUCCGAGAGCAUUGUGAAAGGCUUUUACCGAUGGUGAAACAACGACUAGAGCAGUAUUAUUAUCAGGUCGCCGCUCAAGAUCCCCAAAGCCCUAAUUUGAAAAACAUAUCCCUUCUAGUUCACGUUGUUAAUGGUCUAUUAAUAUAA